AUAAUCUGGCAACGGUGCUAGAGGGGAAGGUUUGUUUACAAGAGGGAGGCCGUUCCCUUCUUUCCUCUCUUCCUUCUUGUUGCCCCUCAAGCCUCAGUGUGACCCUCGAGGCGCGGUUUUGAAGGAAUAUAAGUCUUUUCCUUCAUCCCGUGUUGAUGGAAAGGUGUCUACAAGGCCCUGUGGGGACGAGCAUUACGACGCACCCAGAUCUUUGAUGAGGCAACAGGAACACAGUUCAUGUCUGUGUGAUGGGGGAUGUGGAGGGGGAUGAGCUGGAGGCCAUUCGGGGCAUCUUGGCGGAGGUGCAGCUGGAGCAAUUCUUUAUACGGGUUCGAGAUGAGCUGCAGGUCACCCGUCUCAGUCACUUUGAGUAUGUCCAUGAGGAGGACCUUCAGCGUAUCGGCCUGGGCUUGCCCGCUGCACGUCGCUUGCUGGAUGCGGUGAAGAAACGACGCCCUGCAACAUGGGUGAAGAAUCUGGUGUCCAAGAUCCGGCCCUCUGGCACCAGCUCCUCCACCCAAGGCAAGAACAGGGCAUCCUUGGCACCCGACGAGUCACGCUCCUUUGGCCUCACCUGCCUCAUCCCUGAACAGGAACUCACACUUGGCCAGAAACUUGGAGAUGGCAGUUUUGGGGUUGUUAAGAGGGCACAGUGGACAACUUCAGGAGGACAGUUGAAGGAGGUAGCGGUGAAGAUCCUGAAGCAAGAUGUUCUCCACGUGCCCGGAACGCUGGAUGACUUUAUUAAGGAGGUCCAGGCCAUGCACCAGCUGUCCCAUUCCAACCUGAUCCUGCUGUUUGGCAUCGUCCUCUCCAACCCACUGAUGAUGGUGACUGAGCUGGCUCCCCUCGGCUCCCUGCUUGACUAUCUCCGCAAGCAGCUUGGUCACGUGUCUGUUUUUACACUUUGUAACUACUCUGUACAAAUAGCCAACGGGAUGAAGUAUCUCGAGAGCAAAAGGUUCAUUCAUCGUGACCUAGCAGCCAGAAACGUCCUCAUGGUAUCUGCGGAUAAGCUGAAGAUUGGUGACUUUGGCUUGAUGCGAGCGCUCCCUCAGCAGGAGGACUGUUACGUUAUGAGUGAGCAGAAGAAAGUCCCCUUCCCCUGGUGUGCCCCGGAGUCCCUUAAGACAAAGCAUUUCUCUCAUGCCUCGGAUGUGUGGAUGUAUGCUGUGACGCUGUGGGAGACCUUUUCCCUCGGCGAAGACCCUUGGGUGGGGCUCAACGGGCAGCAGAUACUGAGGAAGAUUGACCAAGAGGGGGAGCGUCUGGCCUGCCCCGCUGCCUGCCCCACAGCCAUCUAUGAUCUGCUACUUGAGUGUUGGGCGCUGGAGCCGGCAGCGCGGCCGACCUUCACGCAGGUGUACCAACGUGUGUCAGCCAUCAUGCCGGACACGAUGAAGGUGGUGCAGGGCUGGGAGGAGGAUGGGGGGCUGGGCGUCAGUGUGAAUGACCUCAUUGCUGUCAUCGAUGGAAGGGCGGAAGACUACUGGUGGAAGGGCCAGAACCAGAGGACCUUCCAUGUGGGCAAGUUCCCCCGCUGCAUCGUGAACCCACAGAGACCCCUCGCCAACCAGGACAUCAGCAAACCCCUCGGCAACUCCUUCAUCCACACAGGUCACGGGGGCAUACGCGGGAAGUCUUGGGGCAGUCCAACCUUCAUCGACCCACUGUACCUCGGUAACCCCAUGCAGCCCCCUGACCAGAUAGGCCGCCCCUCCACCCCCUCCCGCCGAGACAAGCAACGGUCCCUGCGGCUUAAACUCGGUCAACAGCGACGUGGCAAUGAGAAGCGUUCGGAGGAUGCAGCACACUCACAGACCCUCAAGAACCCCAAGAAGAAGUCCAAGGGGAGAGAUGAACUCCUGAUUGACCUGUCUGAGAAUGCCUACCAAAGGUCACACUCCUUCACCGACCUGAGGGCCAGUGGUGUUGAGGAGGUCAGUGGGCAGUUAAGAGGCAGUCUGUCCUCCCUCUGUGACCCGGCCUCUUCAUCCUUCCCUGAGUACGGCAACAUUGACCCGAGAGGCGAAGCAAACCAGUGCACAUACAUGAACUUGACCAACAGCUCUCCAGCCAUUUCAGCAAACCUUGCCACGGCAUCUCAGCGGGCUCCUGCUCAACACAGACCGUACAAUAACGACCGUGUCCCUAACCAGGUGCACAACCAACUUCAGGAGCCUCUUGGUCAUGGGUUCAAGGAGCAAAACCAGUUCCCACAGCCUCUUCGGCAGGCCCCUCCCCCUCCCGGUGCCGCCAUCGAUGCGGACGAACUAAGUAACCAUGACUCUGACUUCUCCGAUGACUGGGAAGAUGCACAGAGUGUGUCUCAAGGGAAUUAUGCUGCAGAGAACAACCAGGAGGUGGGCGCACAGUACCAAAACACUCUGCCACAGGACGACCAGUACUACACCAAUGUUACUGAAGAUCCCUUUGACACGUCUCACAUCAGGUGUUACGAUGAACCUCCUAUUGAAGCUCCCCAGGAUGGCCAGGCCUAUGACAGAGUUGCAGAGGAGGCGUCAGUCUUCCAGCAGGGCGCCGCCUCCCAGCCAACCACCAACUCUGGCAGCAUCAGCCGAGCAAACAGUGAAGUAACAAACAGGUACUCAUCAAAUGCUGCACCGAACAGUAAUCUGAUCAGAACUACCAGAACAUCAUCUGGCACAAACCUGGGAGGAGUGGGAGUGACACAACCCACUCACACAUCAGUGAUAAGCGUUCCUACUUCCUCUGUGUCUAGUAAUGCUGGAGGCUCUUUGUAUAACAACGCAAAGCCAUCCACAAACCUUAACUGCUCCACGGACUUUCACAGACAAGGAGAGACGUUAAGCAGCAGCACUGAGGAUAGGCUAAGUGCACAAAUUGGUCGCAUGUGGAUAACGUCCAUUGGCCAGCCACAAAACAUGAACUCUGUACAAUCCUUUGCAGCACCACAAGGCUCUACCAUCCCUACUGGACAGGAACUUGUCCCCUUCUCCUCCUCCUCCUCCUCCUCUUUCUCUGCCACACAACCUCUGAUGGUGUCUUCAGCUCACUGGAGCAACAGACAGCCCACCACCAGUGUUCACACCAGGUAUCCAGGCGCAGGCUACCCUCCUGUAUCAAGGGAUGCUCCCCAAAUGUCUUUCCACAUGGCCGGGGCAUCGUACCAGCCCCAGCUGGCCCUGCCGCCAGCACUCACACCCACAGUCUCAUCAACUCUUCCUAAACUUGAUCCGUCCUUCAUCGCUGAGCUGGAGAAGUCCCUGGGAAAGGACCAAGCCUCCGCCAACACCUUCAAUGACAGGAACAAGAAGGUCAAUAAUGUGUCGUGUAUGUCAUCCCAACCCAACAGACAGACCUCCACGAUUCCUGCCCUCCCUCCUUGUCCACAGCAAAGUUCUGCCAGACAAUCCAGCUCCAGACAAAACCUAAAUACCUUGCCGGGUGCAAGAACCCAGGAGCACACCUCUACCUCUGCCACCACAACUGCCACCACCGUCAACAGUGCCUUUUCGGACUUGGACAUCCUUAGUUCCUCACGCACCCUUGGUCUGAGCACCCAGCAGAACAUAGACACCAGCCAGUACUUCCCCAAGACCUCCCCAGCCCCCUCUAAGCCCCAGCAGUCGGCAAGAGGUCCAGGAGGAAUGGUACCGACCACUUACUCCUCCCAACAGUCUGCUUAUAUGGCACAAAGGCUGAUGGGGGAGCUGUGGGGGCCGGUGGAGGCCAACAAGCCCACGCCGGCCCUCUCCAACAUGAACAGUGUCUCGGCAGGGCUGCAGAUGAACUUCAAUUGGCAGCAAAAGCAACAGUAUCAUCAGCAACAGCAGCAACAGUACCUUCAAAACCAACAGCAGUAUCUACAAAAUCAAAAUCAACAGCUACAGCUACAACAGCAGCAUCAGAUGGGUCAACCGGUCACCAUGUCGUCCUCCUCCACCACUCUGCCCUCACACUCCCGGCCAGGCUACGCCCCACACCCUCACCAGAGCUGUCCGCCCUCCAUCCAGGAACUGCCCCCACCCCAAGGCACUGUGCUGCAACCCACACUUGUCCUCAACCCACAAGUCACUGUCAACUAUAACCAGUUGCAGGUAGUGUGUGGUGAUGGUGGUGGUGUGAGCAAGGGGGCCAGGGGUGAGGCGCUGGUGUGCCGUGUCACUGCCGUGGUGCCUGGGACCUCCGAGGCCGCCGCCAGGCAGGCCCUGCAUGUGGCCAGCGGGGAUUACCAGGGGGCGGUUCAGUACCUCAAGGUGGAGAAGCUGUACAGGCUAGGACUUGUAAAUAAGGAGAAGUGUAAGGAAGUGCUGGAGGCCAACAGCUGGGAGCUGGAGCGCUCGGCCUCAGCCCUCCUGGACCUGUACUCCGGUGCUGAGCCGCAGAAGGCUUAGUGUGGCCACCCACCGGAGAACAUUCCCGUCUCUUCCACUGUAGCAGGUAUUGUGCAAAAACUACGUAACUAACAUGUUCACACUAAGAAACAUGUUCAAGCUGUGAUACUGUAGGAGCAAAAGCAUUAGUGUAGAUUUUUCUUUUAUUUCUAUAGCUCCAUAUGAACAAAUAUGUCUGUCCCAAUCUGUCAGCAGAUACACCGUUGCUCUGCUAAUGACUUGUGUACCAAGGGAAUUAAGCCAGCAGAGGCCAGACCCUUACCUCAGUUUCCUUUGAAUGGGGGUUUUGUGAUUCUUGUCAAAUGAACUAUUUUCAUAUUGAAGCAGCAUUUGCUAGUGCAAACAUAGGCAUAAGAAUUUAAUGUGUAGCCCAGUUGUGAACAUUUGAGUCCCAAGUUUCUGAAAUCAGUUUUUAGCAAAUUUUUUUAGGGGAAAGGUUGUCAGCAUUCCCUUUAGAACUUAGUUAACAUGAUUCUAAGCUUCUCUAGCAAGUACACGUGAUGGCCCUAAUGGCAUCAUGCUUUGCAGUGGUACAGGAAGAGAACUGUCGGUAGAUGUUGUGCUCUCAGCGAGGAGGAAGGUGGACAGUUUACCUAGGAAACAUGCUUUAAUAUUUGGGCAAUUGAGGUGUAGGCUUGUAUGGAUGUGUGUGUGUGUGUGUGUGUGCUGAUUGAUAUGGUGUGAAUGAAAUCUGUUUUUGUUAAGUGCACUGGACCUUACAAGUAUUGAAGACAGAAGGAUAUUAUAGAUUCUAGUUAUAUGUAUACACAGAAAUACUAAUAUAAUUUAUGUAGUUUGGCACCAUACACCCCUGAAGUGAGAUAUGAAGUGAUAAUAUACAUACUAUAAAAAAUGCUUACUUACUCAAAGCUUCAUCAGGCCACAAGAGAAAGGUAAAUGUAAGCCAGCACAGAUUUUGAGACUGCUUGACUGUUUACUUUCUUCCCUUGCCUUGUAACAGAUGUGAAAUUCCAUCUGAUAAUGAAAGUUGCUUCACAGACAAGCAGCCACACCAUUAGGGCCCCGACAUACAAAUGUUUGUCAGCUGUUGAACUUUAGUUUAAGCACAGGCACCAUAACCCAAAUGCCUCUAUCAUAUUAAAUUUUUGUUGUUGUUGUUUUGUAAAUGGUAUGCAUUUCAGUCAUAAAAGCAUUGGGUCACCAUAUGCCACAAGAAAAGUAUAAUCCCAAUCAUUUUUUAUUAUAUUUUGUCUCUGUGCUGCAUCCUCAAUGUAAGCUUUGUGCGACUGGUUCCCACAACUGAGAUGCCUCCCAGCUGUGGCCCAGCUCAGCAGUAAGCAGAUGUAUUGUACAGUGCCAAGAGACUUUUUAUAUAUACUGUUCAGUGGUGCGGCACAUUCCCCUGUGAGUGUCUGGUCUUCCUGGUCACACUGUUGAUAGUAUGUGGGAGGGUAUGUAUGUGGGAGGUUGCUGAUCAAAUUUGUUACCCAUCUGACUGGUCAGGAGCAGGGUGGGCCUGCUCCUGCUGGCCACCAGUCACUUACACUUGUUGAAGGAAGUGGGCGAGACUUUCACCACUGGAGGAGCGAGGCUGAAUCAUCAUAUCUUUAAACAGAGUUGAGACAAAUUAACAAACUGCCGACAAGCGGGUUACAUAACUAAACUGAAUCUCACCCAAAUAUUCUGAGAUUGAAAGAAUGCUCAUCAUGAUUGCUUGUACCGUCACAUUUAGUUUAUCCUUAUGUGUUCAAUCUGUGGAAAAUAUACUUAUAGUCUCUCUGUUUUUUGUUGCUGUGGAAUUAGUUUGUUGGUAGUACAUAAAAAUAGUGAUAGUAAAGCUUUAACUUGAAGGUUAUCCUUUGCACAAAUGUUGGCUGAGUUUCUCUUUGCACAAAUAUUUAGUGCUGCAUCAGUGUGUCUGUACCGAUCACCCCAGUGCUGAGCCUUCCUGUGUUGCUGUGUUGGUGCACAGCCGGUGAGGAGAGGCACAGUCCUGUGCACAACACUCUUCCCCUGAAUAUUGCCUACUUGACUAGAAGUGGAUAUGUUCAGUCUGUUUUAUUGUACUGAAGGUCAGAGCAGGAUACAAAGAAGAUACGCAGUUAAUGUGUGUAGUAAAGAGUGGAGUUGAGUCAUGGAUGAAAUGAAACUGGAAAGAGUAAAUGGUUGAUUUGUUUCAUUAGGUCAAUAGUUUUAUUGCUGUGAUGAACAUAAACAUUUUCACAACACUUUGGCAUCUCUAUAUUAUUGUUUUAUAGGAGCAGUGUGUAUAUGCCUGACUCCUUCACCACAUACACAGAAGACGAGAAUAUUAUCAUCCAUACUUUGUUUUCUUGAGACAUUCCCAUUGGAGUAAAUUUAAUUCUGUGGAAAAAUAAUAAUGUUGCCGCUAAGUGUUGAAAAGUAAAUAAAAUAAAAAUUCACAGAGCAAUUCCUUAUACGUAUACUUAAAGAUGUAGCCUUGUGCAGGGCAUGUCAGGGACAGACUCCGUAGUCUUGGUAAGGUGGUGGUGGUGGUGGUGGUGACAGUCUACUUAAAUGAUGUGCAUUGGUGUCUGGAUAUUGCUGCCUGGUGCAACAGAUUUUGACUGUACUUUGCAGCACAAUCCCCUUCACUUGGUUGUUGAAGUUGUUGGUUUUGUAUGUUCAAAGAAGCGCGUAAUUGUACUAUUUCAGGUGUUUUUUUUUCUCCUUCCUUGGCCCUCGUCAUUCCUCCCUUUUCCUCCUCUGACUUCUUUGCAUUCCAGCAUUUUUUUUUUUUUUUUUUUCUCACUUGUCUCCUUUCCUCUCUGUCUUCUUCCUUCACCUCCCUGCUCCUCUAACCUUUUCCUUUGCCUACUAUGACUUUUUCUCCCUAUCACAGAUGACAAAACAAUGCCUUAGUGCCACAUCAGUGCAAUUUUUACUCUGAUAAUCAUAAUAUGUAUGUAUAGUACACACACACAUGCAUCUGCUUGGUGAUACAUCCUUCAGGGAAACAAACUUGUAAUUUAUAAUGGACACUUUUCUGGUGUUCAGAGUACAAUGAAUCAAUGUUGCAUCGAGAUAUUGGAAUGCCAUAUAGAAGACUUGAUAAUAUUGCUGUGCAGCUAGUUGAGAAAAACUGUACAAAAUAUCCAGCCAGUUUUGUUUCCAGUUGCUUCAUGUGAAUCAAGGUGUGUGUGUACCCAGGUAGAGGAAGGCAUGUGUGUCUGUAAGGGAACACGUUUCCUUCUGUAUACCACCCACACUGUAUGCUUGACCUUUUCUGGCAACGUGAGCUCCUGAUGGAUGCUCCAGUUGUGAUUUCUGGAAUGCAACUUUGUGGAACUUUUUUUUCUGACUGAUAACAAAACGUGAAGUGAAAUCACAUGAAUCAAGACUUCACUGUGAUUGGUUUGGCUGUAAGUUGUUUUCUUUUCUCAACAUUUAUCCUCAUUGUACCUGUUUACCUUGCAUAUUACAUACUAGUUUUCAUGCAAUCAUUUCCUUCAUUGUAUGUCUGUGCACUCCUCCCUUUUCUUGUUCCUUCCUGAAGCUCCUUACAGAGAAAUGGAGUCACUUUGUCAGCUCCAUGUUCUUAGGGGAGCCCCAGGUCAAUGUUGUUGAGAAGCAGGAUAACAACCUUUCAGCUAUGUUUUUUAUAUUUGACUUAGUCCUGGGGGCCAGUGCCUACACCCUCCCCAUGGCAACAUACCUUGAUAAAUGACCACUACCAUUCUGUUUGAAGGAUAACAUCAAUUCAUGCAUGUACUUAAUUCCAUUGAGUUUAAGGUUUCAUCGUAUAUAUAGUUUUUCUUUAUCCUGUUUUGUUAGCUUUUUGGCAAGAGGUGUCUUGGGGAGGUGUUGCCUUGAACCUCGUCCUCCCUCAGUCAUAUUUAUUUAUCCCCACAACUACCAGCCCUCAAGAUGCCUGCAAGAUAAAGCCAGUGACCGGUUACUCCUUAGUAAGAAAGGUAUACCCGUGUCAUUAGUUGUCUUGUAUUUACCGGUAAUUAGUUUCUGAGGUCUGAGGUAGGGAGGUAUACAUGCAUUAUGAUCGGCACACACUUGCUUCAGAGCCGAGUCUUUUUGUGUUCAAGUUUGCAGAAAUCCUUUGCAACAAUGUACCAAAUUAUUACUUACUAGAGUUGGUCAAUAGAUCUGUUUGUCUCAUGUGAAUUAGCAAUAUUUUGUAACUUAAGAUUACUGUUGCUUAAAUACCAUAACCAUAAUCUUAAUAAUAUGCUUUUUCAACAUUAAAAGCUAUUGUUAUUUAGUUAUACAGUAUUUUAUUUUUUAUUCUAAGUAUGGCUGUUCCCUUCCAAGGGCUUUCAACACAAAUUAAAGUCAUUGUUUGAUUUUGUUACACAUGAAUGAAAUUAUAAUUAUUCAUUGUAUGUAUGUGGAUAUAGUUGCUUUGUAUGUCAAUAUACUUAUAUUGUAGCUUCUUGUUCAGAGCUGGAAAUAUGAGGAAUGCCACAAA